AUGGGCGCCGCUCCCGAGGGGGUGGGAGGGGGUCCCCCCCCCACCCCUCGGGCAUGCGCGCCGAGGGGGGCCGGGUCGCGGGUGGACGCCGAGGCGUUCCGCUCGCACAUGGAGACGUGGAUGGAGCGGGUGGAGGUCAAGGUCGACGGGCUCACGGAGGUGCUCGGCAGGCGGCGGGUGUUACUGGACGGGGCGGACAGCUGCGUCGAAGGGCCGUCACCGAUCCUCUCGCUCCAGCGGAGCUUCGAGCGCCAGAUCUCGAGCCCGUUCCAGAAGCAGCAGUCGGCGGGGACCGAGAUCUCGAGCCCGUUGCAGAAGCAGCAGUCGGCGGGGACCGAGAUCUCGAGCCCGUUCCAGACAGAGCAGUCGGCGGUGGCCGACAAGGAGGAGGCCGAGCCUGGUGGUAAGCGACAUGGCAUCGUGGACAGCGAGACAGAGGACGGCGCCAUCAGUCACAGGACCACCACUUCUGAGAGCCCCGCUGCUGGGGACAUCAGUAUGCCGACGAUGGAAGUGGGGGCGCGAUCAACCAGCAGGGAGUCAAGGGAACGGGAGCUCACAAAGCGCCUGGAGUUGGAGCUGCGCGUCAGUCGGCAGGGUCCUUUGGGUAGGUUCGUUCAAUCGCAACGGUUCGACAGCAUGGUCAUUGCCCUAAUCGUGUUGAACGCCGCGGUGCUUGGGGUGGAUGUGCAGCUUCGGGCGUUCUCAAACACGAAUCUCGAGUGGAUCAGUUACGUGGAAUUGAUCUGCACGUCGGCCUUCACAGUCGAGCUCUUCCUGCGGGUUUCGGUGCACCGCGUCAAUUUUUUCACCGAUAGUCGCGAACGCAUCUGGAACAUUUACGACUUCUUCUUGAUAGCCGCCUCCUGGGUCGAUUUCUUCAUCCAGAGCAUCAUGUCGGACUCAAGCGCGUUCUUAGUCAAGGCUGGGAGGGUCAUCCGUAUGUUCCGCAUCGUACGCGUCGUUCGUACAGUGAGAUUUCUCUCGCAGCUUCGGGUGAUGCUGCAGAUGAUUCCCAUCUUAUGGGCACGCUGCAGUCGCUCUUCUGGGUGGGGCUCAUCCUGUUCGCUAUGCUGUACUGUGUGUCCAUCAUCCUGA